AUGUCCUACUUGAUGGGAGACGACUAUGCGAGCAGCAGCAGCAGCAGCAGCGAGAGCGAGCGCGAGGGAGAAACGGGCGGCGUGAUACGCGAACGCAACACGCGACUGCGGGAUGAAAAGGAGGGACAAGACGAGGAGGAGGGGGUUGCACAGCGUCUGCCGUCAGCCGACUACGUCUUGUCGGCAGUGUCCGCGUCGACAGCUUCUUACCUGCCGCCUACUCGCUCUAUCAAGCUCCACAGCGCUGUCCAGUCUUUUGAUUUGACUGCAAAAGCGAGGACGGAGCGCCACCAACAGGAUCCAGAAGAGCCGCAGCCGCAGCAGCGAGGGCGAGAGAAGGUCGAGGGCAUUGCGGGUAGCGGCAGCAACGCCCGGAAACGGCCUCGGCCGACGGAGAGACCGGCGGCUUUACAGCCACUUGCGACGCGUGAGCGGAAAGACGCCAAGGAACGAGUCAAGAACCAACGAGUGAAGGGCCAGGCAGGUAUUGGCGCUGACUUUCGUAGCUGGAAGUCGGAGACCGAGAUGACGCUGCGCCAGCAGUUCGACUAA